GAGACGGAAACACGUCAGCGUCGUCGUCGCCCACCGAUUCAGCACAAUACUCCAGCGGCGAUGAACAGCUGCGACGCAGCCAAGGCCGCAGUUCAUAACGGCAUGUAGGCGGGCCAGCGUGGGCACAUUAGCAUAUAAUCUGGGUUAUGGUUUCAAGGACAGGAGAAUCUGAUGGGCUUCGACUUCACUGCUACAAUAUUUUAUAUAUCCUUAUCGGGCGAGCAUGUUUGGGAGAAAUCGGUUUUUGUUUUUUUUUUUGUUUUUUCUCUUUCUUCUUCAAUUCUCAUUCUUUGCCUUUCUGUUUGUUUGCACCGGUCAUCGUGUUCCCACACUCGCGCAUACCUCAUCGCAUGGGAGGGUCAAGCAGAUGUCGGUGCACAGCUUUUGUUGCUCGAGUCCUUUUCGCGCUGGAUAGCGUCGAUGGCCGAGUUGAGCGUGCAUGCCACGAUCUCACGAGUCUAGUGGGUGAAGGGGUGUUUCAUCAUUCUUCUGUGGCGUAACAUGUUCCAUUAUCAUAUUCUGAUAGUCAACAAGCGGAUUAUUUCAGGAGCGGGUUGUUUCUUGAAUGUUUCCAGUGUUUUGUGAAGAUGAACUGAGAGUGAAGAAGAAGUCGCUGCGGGCUGCUGUGUUUGUCUUAGGGUAACGGACUG